AUGGCACCUAAGGUCGACGAGAAAGCUUUCGCGACGGCGGCAGCCGCGACCAACACCCCGGUCCAGCCAACAACAGACCAGGUGAUCGAUGUCAAUGCCAAAGCCUAUUCCGAUGGCAAGGAGCACCCUGGAUCCGACAGUGAAGACAACGAGGACCACAAAGUCGAUAGCGACGGGAAGAAAGAAGCCAAAGGCAGCCUGAAAGAUUAUGCCCGCAUCUUCAAGUUCUGCGAUCGCCUCGAUGCGACGCUGUACAUUAUCGCCAUCGGUGGUUCCAUCGCAUCUGGAGCAGCCCUACCCUUGAUGACCCUUGUCUUCGGCCAGUUCACGACAGAUUUCAACAACUUCACCGCCGGCAGGACGAGUGCAGAUGCAUUUCGAGACCGCGUCGACAGCUUUGUGCUAUGGUUCAUAUGGCUAUUCAUCGCCAGGCUAGGCCUGGCCUAUAUGGUGAAUGUGCUUGUAAGCAUUGCAGCAAUCCGGACAACACGAACGUUGCGAAAAGCAUUCCUCGAAAGCACACUACGGCAAGAGGUAUGGCACUUCGACGAGCUGGGUCUUGGAAACGCCGUGUCCAUCAAUACGAACGGCAAUCGCAUCAAUCAAGGCAUCGCUGAGAAGUUGACCUCCGCUGUCCAAGGCUUCUCGCUGUUCUUCUCGUCCUUCAUCAUUGCGAUAGCGGUACAAUGGAAGCUGGCCUUGAUCGCAAUGAGCAUUCUACCUGUUCUGCUUGGGACAAUCGCCGGUAUCAUUGGCAUUGACGUCAAGAUCGAGGCUAGGAUCAUGCGGUUCUAUUCGACAGGAGCUGCUUUAGCUCAAGAUGCCAUCAGCUCAAUCCGCACGAUCCAUGCUUUCGGUGCUCAGGACAAGAUCGUCGCCAAAUACGACGAGUUUCUGAAGGAUGCACACAAGAUCGGCAAGAAGAAGUCACCUCUGUACGGAAUUCUGUUCUCUACAGAGACUUUCCUAGUCAUGAGCGCCACAGCCCUGUCCUUCUGGCAGGGCUAUCGGAUGUUUCGCAGCGAGGAGAUCACCAGCGUCGGUACUGUCUUCACAGUCGUGCUUUCAAUCUCGAUCGGUACGACAUCAAUGCAGGCUAUCCUGCCUGCUCAGCAAGCAAUAGCCAACGCUUCAUCAGCAGCGUCAGAGCUUUUGUCCGUCAUCGACAAGGAGUCACUACUUGACCCACUGUCGCCGGACGGUCUUCAGCCCAACGAAUGUGCCGGUGACAUUCAGAUCCGCAACCUGUCCUUUGCAUAUCCAUCGAGACCACAGGCCAAGGUCUUGAGAGACUUGACUUUGUCCAUCCCAGCAGGAAAGACUACCGCUCUGGUCGGUCCGUCUGGUUGUGGAAAGAGCACGCUCGUGGGCCUGCUCGAACGAUGGUAUCAGCCAACAUCGGGCUCAAUCCAGCUUGAUGGCACUGAGGUGUCAGACUACAACACCAAAUGGCUAAGGAGCAGCAUACGGCUUGUUCAGCAAGAGCCAGUUCUGUUCAGAGGCACGGUCUUUCAGAAUGUGGCGAAAGGCUUUGUCGGCGCUCAGCUUGAGCUUCCACAAGAGAAGCAGCUGGAGCUGGUCAAGGAAGCCUGUCGUCAAAGCAACGCACAUGACUUCAUCAUGGAACUACCAGAAGGAUACGACACUCAAGUUGGCGAACGUGCUUCCAUGUUAUCGGGAGGUCAGCGUCAGCGAGUGGCCAUUGCUCGUUCAAUCAUCUCCGAGCCCAGAGUUCUGCUGCUUGACGAGGCUACAUCUGCACUGGACCCGACUGCAGAGAGAGUGGUCCAAUCUGCGCUCAAUCGCGUCUCAAAAGACAAGACGACACUUAUUAUUGCCCACAAAUUGGCAACUGUGAAAGCGGCUGACAAUAUCGCCGUCAUGCAGCAAGGUGUUGUGAUAGAGCAAGGCACCCACAAAGAGCUCGUCGACCGAGAUGGAUUAUACGCCAGCAUGGUCCGCGCCCAAGAUCUGAACACCGAAGCGGGCGAGGCCGAAAUCAUGGACGAGGACGAUGAAAAGAAGCUGGAGCCUACUGUGAGUCUGCAAGGAACAAAGUCUACAGUAGGCAGCACGAAAGCCGAGAAGGAGAUUGAGACGCUCACAGCAGGCACCCUCAACUACUCCCUCAUCAAGUGCAUUUGGAUCAUGUUCGCCGAGAACAGGGAACUCUACUGGUGUUAUGGUCUCUCCGCGGUUGGCUGUUUGAUCGGUGGAGGAACAUACCCAGCACAAGCCAUCCUCUUCUCACGACUCAUCAAAGUCUUCGUCAUACCUGAUCCGAAUCGAGCACAGCAGCAGGCGGAUUUGUUUGCGCUAAUGUUCUUCGUCCUCGCUCUCGCGAACUUUGCUGCUUACUUUGCUAUCGGCUGGUGCUGCAACACGAUCGGGCAAGUUGUGACGCAUCGCUACAGGAAGGAAAUGCUGGACCAUAUCCUCAACUUCGAUCAGGACUUCUUCGACCGACCGGAAAACUCCUCUGGGUCUCUGGCUUCGAAGCUGACAUCGGUGCCGACUUCGUUGAUGGAACUCAUCUCUGCGAACGUCAUGCUGAUGUUCAUUGUGAUUGUCAAUGUGGUGGCAUCGAGCGUGCUGGGUAUCGCUUUUGGAUGGAAGCUCGGUCUUGUUGUGGUAUUUGGUGGUCUUCCCGUCCUCAUCGGCUCCGGCUUCAUCAGGAUCCGAAUGGACCAAAAGCUGGAGAAGGACUCUGGCGAACGCUUCGCCGAUAGUGCUGGACUCGCUACUGAGGCUGUCACAUCAAUCAAGACAAUUUCUUCCCUGACUUUGGAGAGUGAGAUCAUGAAGGAGUACGCCCAAGCUAUGGAUGGUAUUGUUGCAUCCUCGACAAGAGGCUUCCUCAUCACCCUUGUGCCAUACGCACUUUCACAAUCUCUCGAAUUCCUGGUUCUCGCCCUGGGCUUCUGGUACGGUUCUCGUCUCAUCGCAAGCCGCGAGUACACGACAACACAGUUCUUCGUAGUCUUCAUUGCUGUCGUGUUUGGAGGCCAAGCAGCCGGCCAAUUCUUUGGAUACACGACCUCAAUUACGAAGGCAAAGCUUGCUGCCAACUAUAUCCUAUGGCUGCGUACAGUCGUCCCCAAGAUUGGCGAGACGCCUGAGAACGACGACAGGGGCCCAUCAGAGGGACCGAUCGAGUUCGACGAUGUUGAGUUCAGAUACAUCCAGCGCCAUGCUUCAAGAGUGCUGCGAGGCAUCAGCAUGAAGAUCAAACCAGGCACAUACGCAGCAUUCGUCGGCCCCUCAGGCUGCGGCAAAUCCACCCUCGUAGCCCUCCUCGAACGCUUCUACGACCCUACCUCCGGUCGCCUCAACCUCAACGAAGAAGACGUCCGCAACAUGUCGCCCAAGCUCUACCGCGGCUACAUGUCCCUAGUUCAACAAGAACCUCCCCUCUACCAAGGAAGUGUUCGUGAGAACAUCUCCAUCGGCCUCUCCUACGAUCCCACCGACGAGGAGGUAGAGACGGCAUGUCGGCAGUCGAAUGCCCUAGACUUCAUCACAUCGCUCCCUGAGGGGUUGAACACUUCGUGUGGAAGUAAGGGUGGUCAGUUUAGUGGUGGACAGAAACAGAGGAUCGCUGUUGCUCGUGCUCUGAUCCGCAAACCUCGGUUACUACUGCUGGAUGAAGCCACUAGUGCGCUCGAUACACAGAGUGAGCGAGUCGUGCAGAAAGCACUGGAUGAGGCUGCGAGCUCGAGGACGACGAUCGCGGUGGCACAUCGGUUGAGUACGAUACGGCAUGCGAAUGUGAUUUUCGUCGUUGCGAAUGGAAGUAUUGCGGAGAUGGGGACGCAUGAGGAGUUGCAGGCUUUGAGGGGGCGGUAUUAUGCUAUGUGUUUGGCGCAGAGUUUGGAUCAGGCUUGA